UUCCUCACGCAAAUAUCCUCUCCAACUCCAACACUUAUUCGGCUCAAAAACCUUUCCUCUCUAAAGUGGAAAGAGAAAAUUCUCCUAGUAAUCCCUUCUGAUCCGACACAGAUACACGCAGUUGUUACCUAGAAUCGGUUUUCUUUUACUUUUAGAUUUUCUUUUUCUUCUUUAUUGGAUUGACGGAACGAUGUCGUUGAGGCCGAGCGCGAGGACGGAGGUCCGCCGGAGCCGGUACAAGGUGGCUGUCGACGCGGAGGAAGGUCGACGACGGCGGGAGGAUAAUAUGGUGGAGAUCCGGAAGAAUAGAAGAGAGGAGAACUUGCUGAAGAAGCGACGCGAGGGGCUCCAAGCUCAGCAAUUGCAGCCUACAGUCAAUGUCCCGCAGCUCGAUAAGAAGUUGGAAAGCCUUCCAGCAAUGGUCGCUGGGCUUUGGUCGAACGAUGGUGCCUUGCAACUUGAGGCGACUACUCAAUUCCGUAAACUACUUUCGAUAGAGCGAAAUCCACCAAUCGAGGAAGUGAUACAGUCUGGAGUUGUUCCUCGUUUUGUUGAGUUUCUUGCAAGAGAUGAUUACCCACAGCUCCAGUUUGAGGCAGCCUGGGCGCUCACAAACAUUGCUUCUGGGACGUCAGAAAACACCAAGGUUGUGAUCGAUCAUGGUGCUGUUCCAAUUUUUGUGAGACUCCUUAGCUCUUCAAGUGAUGACGUGCGCGAGCAGGCGGUUUGGGCAUUAGGAAAUGUUGCUGGGGACUCACCAAAGUGUCGUGAUCUUGUCCUUAGUUAUGGAGCAUUAAUGCCUUUGUUGGCGCAAUUUAAUGAUCAGGCGAAGUUAUCCAUGUUGCGGAAUGCAACGUGGACAUUGUCCAACUUUUGUCGGGGAAAGCCGCAACCUCAGUUUGAGCAGGUCAAAGCUGCCCUCCCUGCCCUUGCUCAUCUUAUACAUACAAAUGAUGAAGAAGUCCUUACAGAUGCAUGCUGGGCACUAUCAUAUCUAUCUGAUGGCACUAAUGAUAAAAUCCAAGCUGUGAUUGAGGCUGGCGUGUGCCCUCGUUUGGUUGAGCUUUUACUACAUCCCUCACCAUCUGUUUUGAUUCCUGCCCUACGCACUGUUGGUAAUAUUGUGACUGGUGAUGAUAUCCAGACUCAGGUUAUCAUUGAUAAUAGAGCUCUUCCUUGCCUGCUUAACCUGUUGACACAAAACUACAAGAAAAGCAUAAAAAAGGAAGCUUGUUGGACCAUCUCAAACAUCACAGCAGGAAAUAGAGAUCAGAUUCAGGCUGUGAUUGAGGCUGGUAUCAUAUCCCCUCUCGUUGUCCUGCUUCAAAAUGCUGAGUUUGAGAUAAAGAAAGAAGCUGCCUGGGCUAUUUCAAAUGCCACUUCUGGUGGAACUAAUGAUCAAAUCAAGCUUUUGGUACGUGAGGGGUGCAUAAAGCCAUUGUGUGACCUUUUAGUUUGCCCCGACCCAAGAAUUGUCACAGUCUGCUUGGAAGGACUUGAGAACAUUCUUAAGGUUGGAGAAGCAGAGAAGAAUCAAGGUAACACAGGAGAUGUGAAUGUCUUUGCUCAGAUGAUUGAUGAUGCACAAGGCCUAGAGAAGAUUGAAAAUCUUCAGAGUCAUGACAAUAAUGAAAUUUAUGAGAAGGCUGUGAAGGUACUUGAAACAUAUUGGCUGGAAGAAGAUGAUGAACAACUGGUCUCUGGGGAUACUCAACAAUCUGGCUUCAACUUUGGAGGCGGUGACCUUCCAGUUCCAUCUGGAGGAUUCAAGUUUGGGUGAAGGAGGCUAUUAUCUCAGUAGUCAAAAUGCGCUUCUGAUCUGGCCAGUUGAAUAGUUGGAGUCAGUGGGCUGUCGGUCUGGGAAGGUUCAUCCUAAGUUGCAGUCGCGGUCGAUGUCAGGGAGAUUUAUUCAGUCCAUCAUUGUUAGUUUGGUCCUCUUAAGGUGGCUGAAUAGUAUAAAGGUCGUGUGUUGUGAUCAGCCGGGUCAGAUGAUGAGCGUUUGGUUUUGCAAGUGAAACUGCUUGAAGAUUAGUGUCCUCUUUUGUUUUGAUGGUCCCAAUGGUUGAGUUUUUUUCUUCAUAAAGUUGGAAAGAUGGUAUAGGUUCUAGGUAUAUAUAUUGCCCAUGGAAGUCAUUUCCAUGUUAAGCUGGAGUAAAUAAAGGGAGGACUCAUCGUUAUAUCUGUAUUUUUGUGAAUGUUUGAAGUUUGAUAUACUUUUUGGUCAAUCGGAAGCAAGAGUGAUUGUUAUGACUUCCGCGAACGGGUUAUAAUAUUUUGAGAAUCUGUAUUAAUCGAAUGUGCAUGGUGCCUUUAAUUUUCUUUAAGCCA